CAAAAACAGUUUUUGCUCAUGGAAGAUUUGACCGGUCAACUUCAAUCGCCGUGCGUGCUCGACCUAAAAAUGGGAACCCGACAGUAUGGUAUAGAUGCGUCACCUGCGAAGAAGAUCAGCCAGACUACAAAAUGUAAACAAACCACGAGCGGUAAUUUGGGUGUCAGGAUCUGUGGCAUGCAGGUCUUCAAAGCUUCCCAAAAUUGUUAUACGUUCCAAGAUAAAUAUUUUGGUAGAAAGGUUUCUACAGAAGAUUUUACAUCUACACUUACCGAUUUCUUCCAUGACGGUGAACGGUUUCUGUAUUAUCACAUACCGGAUAUGUUACACAAGCUUUACAAACUAGCAUCGAUUAUUAGUAAACUCGAUCGAUAUAGAUUCUAUGCA